AGAGGAUAACCAAAAGAGUAAUACAUUGUAGUGAGCUACCUACUCUGUGUAAACUGUUCAUUUCAACACUCGGCGAAUAAAUAGCUUCGAUGUGAGCGCGCUUCGCCGGAGAUCAACUUCACGUCCGAAGUUCGUAUCGGUCGAUCGAUUUGUUCUCGUGCUAUUCGUGUCGAAUCUUAUGCGAGUCCUCCGAUGCACGACGCAAAAGCGCCUAAUACCAACACAUAAGAAAGGUUCAUAGCAAGCGUGACAUCACAGCAACAAGCACAAACUCGGGAAGUGCGAGGGCUAUGACCAAGACCCAAGAAGCCCAGAAGACCGCCGACUUCGUGCAGAGGCUGUUCUGCUUGCCGUGCUCCUUGCUGCUCAACUUUGGGCUAUUCCAGUAUCUGGUGUCUUGUGUUUCGCAAGCGGCAUCGGGAGCCUCUCGUGCGUCUUCUUUUCGCCACUGCAUUCCUGAGCUUCGCCCACCUCGUGCCCCAGUGACGAGUUCUUGGACAAUCUGAGCGAUGCCUCCGACGCAUAUACAGUGCUGACGUUCCUCCUGCAGAUCAUCAUCCUCAUUCGCGACAUCAACAGGAAAGUAAAGCUCUCCGUCGUAGCGAGGCUCGCACGGAUCAUCGAGUUAUUAGUCGUGGUCACCCUGGUCAACAUCGCCGAGCUCAUUUGGCAGGAGCUUCAAACAAAUGCUUUCGAGCUGCUUGAUGACACGACCAAGAACGUGUCGUUUGCCUUCGUGGCGUAUUUCCGCUUCCACUUCCUUGUGUUGGCCCGGGGAUCGAACAAGGUGUGGCGCCACCAAAAGCUUGAAAUGGUCUACUACAUGCUGCUAGUCACGCAUGCCGUGCCGUUUAUCAUCGUCUCCUACACCACUGGGAUUCACUUGGAUCACGUCCAGGGACUUUGGAUGCGCGUCACGAUUGCGCUUUGCCUGUUCUCCACAGCUCGCUCCAAGGCAGCGAACGCAGAAUCCCGACUCGGAGGGUCUUCCAGAGGGAGCGCAGGGAGCAACAACCCUCACGACGCGAGUUCUGGGCGAGGCCUCACCAGGUUGAGCCUGAAAAAUAACAAAUGCACCAGCGUCUGCCCCGGCCCGUCCGCACAGCAGGCGCACUCCGGCGGUAAUACUAGGUGAGCACCAGGAAAAGAGGAAAGAGGUCAUACAUGUAGCGCAUUAUCUUGAAUUUACGUGGAUGGUGACUUGACCUCUUUGCUGUCCAGACCUGUGAGUCAACACACCGCGACGCCAUCGUCCUUGUAUCUACGGGUUGAGUGCAAAACAAUUCGUUUACAGGCCCUGCCAGCGUAUUCACGAGUUCGCUACACCCGCAACAUUGAGUCCGCAACGGGGAUGAACACGGAUGAAAGCGUUUGCCUGUGUGCAUCUGCGUGACAUAAGCAGGACGGUCGAGUUGGCCUCGCGGUCGGCUUGUGUGGUCAUCGUCGCCAAUGCAGUCGACGAGAGGGGUUUCUCGUCGAGUGCUCCAGGCACUUUGAGGCCUUCCCGAGGCUCUCUUUCCUACAUGGGCGCGUGAGCGGCAUGAACAUGCGGGAAUGUUGAUAAACUAUGCGUUUACGAAGGACCUCUGGAACGGACUGACGCAUUCCCUUGUGGGGUUUUGUUGGAGGGGGCCACUCAAAUAUCUUCGCGGCUCCAUACACAAAGCGAGCGAGCGAGUCGUCGUUCGACCUCCGUGUGCAGCGUACAGAGCGAGCAAGCAAGGAAAGCAAGGAUGCAGCAGGCCGUGCUGGACCCGGAGUCGCAGGUGGAGAAGGGCGAGAACGCCCGCAUGUCGUCGUUCGUGGGCGCCAUCGCCAUCGCCGACAUGGUCAAGACGACGCUGGGCCCCAAGGGCAUGGACAAGAUCCUGCAGUCCAUGGGCGGCCCCGACAAGAGCAUCUCGGUCACGAACGACGGCGCCACCAUCCUGCGCAGCGUCUACGUGGACAACGCGGCCGCCAAGGUCCUCGUGGACAUCGCCAAGACGCAGGACGAGGAGGUGGGCGACGGCACCACGAGCGUCGCCGUGCUCUGCGGCGAGCUGCUGCGCGAGGCCGAGAAGCUCAUCGACCAGCGCAUCCACCCGCAGACCAUCAUCGACGGCUGGCGUAUCGCGCUCACGAGCGCCCACGAGGCGCUCGUGGGCUCGGCCAAGGACAACUCGCAGGACGCCGACAAGUUCCGCGAGGACCUGAUGAACAUCGCGCGCACGACGCUCAGCUCCAAGCUGCUCACGUACGAGAAGGACCACUUCGCCAAGCUGGCGGUGGACGCCGUGCUGCGGCUGCGCGGCUCGAGCAACCUGGACUACAUCCAGAUCAUCAAGAAGGCCGGCGGCUCGCUGCGCGACUCGUACCUGGACGAGGGCUUCAUCCUGGACAAGAAGAUCGGCGUGGGCCAGCCCAAGCGCAUCGAGAACGCCAAGAUCCUGGUGGCCAACACGGGCAUGGACACGGACAAGAUCAAGAUCUACGGCGCGCGCGUCAAGGUGGACUCGAUGGACAAGGUCUCGGCGAUCGAGGAUGCCGAGAAGGCUAAGAUGAAGGCCAAGGUCGAGAAGAUCGCCAACUUUGGCAUCAACUGCUUCGUGAACCGACAGCUCAUCUACAACUACCCUGAGCAGAUUUUCUCCGAGAAGGGAAUCAUGGCCAUCGAGCACGCCGACUUCGACGGCAUUGAGCACCUGGCCGCUGUCACGGGCGGCGAGAUCGCGUCCACGUUCGACAACCCGGACGCCGUGCAGCUGGGCGAGUGCAAGCUGAUCGAGGAGAUCAUCAUCGGCGAGGACCGCAUGCUGCGGUUUUCGGGCGUCAAGACCGGAUCGGCCUGCUCCGUCGUGCUGCGCGGCGCCAGCUCGCACUUGCUGGACGAGGCCGAGCGCUCGCUGCACGAUGCGCUGGCUGUGCUGACGCAGACGGUGAAGCACUCGCAGACGGUUAUGGGCGGCGGCUGCACGGAGGUACUGAUGGCGCAGGCCAUCGACAACAAGGCUCCGUCCGUGCCCGGCAAGAAGGCGCUGGCCAUGGAGGCCUUCGCGCGCGCGCUCCGCCAGCUGCCUAGCAUUAUCGCCGACAACGGCGGCUACGACAGCUCGGAGCUGGUGACGCAGCUGCGCGCAGCACACCACCGCGGCGAGACGACGGCCGGCCUGGACAUGCGCACGGGGUGCGUGGGCGACAUGCAGGCGCUGGGCAUUCGCGAGGCGCUCAAGAGCAAGAAGCAGGUGCUGUUCUCGGCCGCAGAGGCCGCCGAGAUGAUUCUCAGAGUAGACGACAUUAUUAAGUGCGCGCCGCGCCAGCGCCAGGGACAGUAGGUAAGCAGCUGGGAUUCUUUAGUAGCGUUGCGGACUGGUAGCAAUGGCGAAAGCAGCAUGCGUGUGCGCUAAUGAGCAAGACGGUUAGUAUUACUAUGAGUGGGGCUUCUCGCUUUGCUGUUCGAGCGCUCGUACUCGAGUGGUGGUCGUCUUCAGCUCUGUUAUAGAUGACUGGCGAGUCGCCAAUGUACCCUUUAUCCAGAUCGGAAGCUGGACUCAAUGGGAGAUUCUUUCAGUGGGCGAUUUUCCGCCGUUCCCCACUUCGCAGUGAGCUUCGCAGUGGACGUAUCGACUCUGCAAUGAACUCUGCUUGGCGGCCUGCGGCCUGUUGCUGCCUGUGUGCUGCUCUUCUCCUCGCCGCGGCGAGCUCGCAGGAUGCCGGUAAGUCCGCGACUCAACGUCAACCGGGGCAAGAAACAGUCUUAACGUUCUUGCCUGCUUUCAGGCGACACCUCCUCGGGGGACACUGGCACAGGCUCCAGCACGACGACUCCAGUAGCGACGACUGCGACGCCUACCACCACAACACCAGCGACUACGGCCCCGGCAACGACAGCUCCGGCAACGACAGCGCCCGCCACUACAAGCCCGACACCCACGACAACUGCGCCCGCGACUACAGCGCCAACCCCCACCACCGCAGCUCCGACCCCGACGACUUCAACUACUACGGCUCCAACGCCGACGACCACCACAGCCCCCACUGCGACGACCGAAGCCACGUCUUCAC